UUAGAUAAACUUCCUCGUCUCUCACAUGUAAGCGUGACUUUAGCGGAGUGCUGACCCGAGGGGACGAACCGAGCCGCAUUAUCCCGUAGAAAUGUUGCUCUUAACAAACAGAAUAAAGCUGUGCUCUCUGGCGUUUACCGCCGCCCGCAUGUACAGCAGCGGCCCCGCAGCAGCCAACAAGAACCCCACGGUUUACUUUGAUAUCGCUGCAGACAACCAGCCUCUCGGCAGGGUAACCUUUGAGCUCAACACCGAUGUUGUGCCAAAAACUGCAGAGAACUUCCGAGCGCUGUGCACAGGGGAACACGGCUUUGGUUACAAGGGAUCAAUUUUCCACAGGGUGAUCCCUCAGUUCAUGUGCCAGGGUGGAGAUUUCACUAACCACAAUGGAACUGGAGGCAAGUCUAUCUACGGAUGGAAGUUUCCUGAUGAGAACUUCAAACUGAAGCACACCGGACCUGGCAUCUUGUCCAUGGCCAAUGCUGGACCCAACACCAAUGGAUCCCAGUUCUUCAUCUGCACAUCUAAAACAGAAUGGCUGGAUGGCAGGCAUGUUGUCUUUGGCAGCGUGAAGGAGGGACUGGACGUGGUCAAGAAAGUGGAGUCUUUCGGUUCAAAGUCUGGGCGAACCUCCAAGAAGAUCACUAUCACAGACUGCGGAGAGCUCCAGUAGACUCCCAUGUGAGCGGUGGACACGGUCGUAGUCUCAUCUCCUGCUGUAAUUUCAAUGUGAGAGUCCGAGUGAAAGAGUCUCUUUCUUCAGUCAGGGCACAGAGCGCUACCUCUCUUUGCUCAUUAUUUCAAGAGUCACACUCUGAGUUGGUCCUCCUUCAAGUAUCAUUUAACUGUGUCAUGCUAUAAAAUGUGAACUUGUAUUAUAGAUAAAGAGGCAAUAGGAUGACGGAUACUAUUGUAUUUGUAAGAGCUAUUCAUUCAUUAACAUACAUUGAAACUGGUUUGAAAAAGGGGGCAUUUAUUUGCUUAAAAUAAAGUCAUUUUUUUCUAAA